AUGUCGGUGUUUUUGGCGUUUGAUCUUGCUUGCUCUCUCCACUUUCUUGCUGUUUCUAGCCGGAGAUUGUCACAGAGAAGGCCGUUUUGUCGACUCCCAUGUCCUUCUCAGCUUUUUACCGCGGAGUGGUUCCAGUCCGCCAGAAACUCUGACCUGUGUGCCUGCGGCUCAACGGCCUCUUCGCACGUGUCGGUGCCUCCAGCUUCUCCCUCUUCAUCCUCUGUUGCUUCGUCUCCUCCCUCUCCUCUUCUGCCUUCGUCUUUUCCCCGCGUCUGCGAGAUGCGACAGUUUCCUCUUCAACAGUCAGCCCCGUCCAGUGGGUCUGGCGGAGGCCAGGUCCCGGCGGCAGCUGCUGCGCCGUUGCUUUCUUCCUGUCGCGUCCCCGCCGAAACUUCUCUCUCUCUGCGAGCGACUUCCCUCAAACCUGGUGGUGCCCCUACCACCAGCUUUGUUUCGUCCCUCAAGCAUGCCGGUCCGUCUUCUCUCUCGUCUUCGUCUCUGCUUCCCUCAUCGUCUCCCCUCUCGCCGACAGGCUCCUCAGGUCCCCUCGUCUCUGUCGAAAAAGGCCCCUCUCCGGACCUCGCUUCGCUCUCGUCUUGCGCUCACGCCACUGGGCCAGGUGUAUCUGCAGGUUCGCAGUCCACUGCGUGCGAAGUCUGUGAAGCCGUGCAGAACAUUUUACGCGAGAUGGAUUCAAGAUUCACUUCGAUGACGGAGGCGAUUUUAAAUCGCCUAGACGACAUGAGCGGGAAAAUCGACAAUUUAGAGGAGCAACUGCAGUCGCUGCUGAAUGACGAACAAGAAGGAAGCGCAGGUGCCGGAGAGAUGCUCGACGCUGUCCAGCAGUGA